AUGGCGGACGAGAAGGGAAACCUUGACCAUGUUGAAUCGCCCGAAGCACAGAACCCAGAGGAAUCUACCGCAGAGAGAGAAAAACGCAUAAGAACUCUUACCGAAAAAGGAAAAGAGCUGUAUGAGACUCAUUGUGUGCGGUUUGUUAAUGAAUUAGAGAAAUGCAAGGAUCAGUUAUCAAACGAACUCAUGACAAUCGCAAUUGUGAAAUCCAACCCAAAAGAAAUCAGGGAAGCAAUAAAAAGAUUAGAGAUUGGAUGUGCAAAAUACGAACUCACUCAUAAAAACUAUGUGGCAUUGCUAGAAGGCUAUUCAACAGAACAGAGCCUUAGACAGAAAAACAUCCAAGUAAGUGAAUACCAAGAGGUAAACAUGAAGACACAGAGUGCACUAGAGGCAGCAAAAAAGCACUUGACACUCAUUGAUAAAGAUAAAGAAUCUCAAAAAACAUCAUCAUCCAAACGAAGUGCCAUAAAACUCAAACUGGCUGAAGAAACAGCAAGACUAAAGCUUAUUGAAGCCCAGUUGGCAGAAGAGGAAAAGAAGGCGAGUAUAGAGAGAAGACGUGCAGAGCUAAGUACCAUGUUUGAACUUAACAGAACGAAACAGGAAGUAGCUGAAGAGGAAUCCGAUGAUGACCUGAACUCACAAGAAGAUGAUCGUCUUAAAGAUAUUCCCAAACUGUCAGGCGUUGAGAAGACAAGGAACUUUAUAGAAAAUGCAAAUUUUAAAUCCCUGCAGACAGAAACAAGUUUCAUGAAAAAUGAAAAAAUGCCUCCACAAGUGUUUAGUCAGCAAACACCUGACGUGCACGUCGACCAACUCAGGCAGCGACAACACACUCUAAGCCAUUUUCCGAGUUACCCAGUAUCUGCGCCCGCACCAUCAGCUGCACAUUAUCCAAAUCAACUGAGUGAAUUUCAUAAUUUUCUGUUAAAGAAAGACAUUACCAUGAAUAGAUUUAUGAAAUUUGAUGACAAUCCAACAAAUUAUUCAGUGUGGAAGGCUUCAUUCAAGAAUAUUGUAGAGAGCCUCAUUUUGAUACCACAGGAGGAGACAGAUCUCCUGGUGAAGUGGUUAGGGCCUGACUCCUCAAGACAAGCUCUAAGUUUAAGAGCAGCAAACAUCCACAAUCCAAUUCGCAUCCAACUUCCUCGAGACGCUCGACACAUGUAUGAUCUGGUCGACAUCCUGUCAGAAAUACAGUGUCUGAAAGAAGACUCAAACUAUGCAGCCUUGCUUUCCUUCUAUGACACCUCUUCAGGCGUGAACCCUAUCAUAGCAAAGCUGCCUCAGUUUCUUCAGAACAAGUGGAUGGAUCGCGCGGCAAGAUACAAGAAAUCCAGAAGUGUAACAUUCCCACCUUUCACAGUGUUCAUAGACUUCGUCAGUGAGAUGGCAUCAACCUUAAAUGACCCUUGUUUCAUGUUUGAUUACAGAAAGGUCAAUGAAGAACCGAAACCAGUGCAGAAACAAAGACAAUGUUAUGUAACGACAAAAAAAACUGGUGUGAAACAGGACGAGAGAUCUGAAUACAAACAGAAAGUCUUGUGCCCAAUACACCCCAAGUCGCGAACUCAUGAGUUGAAGGACUGCAAAGAAUUUUUCAAGAGAUCCUUUGAUGAAAAGAAAGGACUGUUAAAAGAACAUAGAGCCUGCUUCAGAUGCUGCAGUUUAGAACAUUUAAGGACUGACUGUAAAACAUCUCUGAAAUGUUCGGAGUGCAAUAGCACUUCACACAUGACCGCCAUGCACAUGUCAAAGACACCCUUGGGAACAGAACCAGUGACACAGACAAAGACAGAGAGAGUUGAUGGCGGGGAGCAUCUUGAUGUCAUCCCAAUCAGCUCCAAAUGUACAGCUAUCUGCGGAAAAUCCUUCAAGGGACGCUCUUGUGCCAAGACUUUAGCUGUCAACAUCUACAAAACUGGGAAUCCUGAGAGGUCAACUAAAGUUUAUGCCAUGCUUGAUGAGCACUGCAACAGGUCGCUUAUCAGUCCUGAAGUGCUAGACACACUAGGAAUCCAUACAGCGGAAACACAGUACACAUUAACAUCCUGUUCAGGAAGCUACCAAACAGCCGGCAGAAUAGCUCAUAAUCUUACCAUCCAGUCACUAGACAAGGACUACAACUUAGAACUUCCUACGGUGAUUGAGUGCCCUGAAAUUCCAAAUGAUGUGACUGAAAUCCCGACGCCAGACGUUGCGCAGCAUUUUCCCCACCUACAGGGCAUUGCAAACAUGAUACCCCCAUAUGACCCAGAUGUGCCUAUAGGUCUUCUCAUUGGCAGAGACGUGACAGAAGCUCAUCACGUGCUGGAUCAGAUAAUAGGACCCAAAGAUACACCCUUUGCUCAAAGGCUUCAUCAUGGUUGGGUCAUCAUUGGAGAAGCCUGCUUAGAGAGAACUAGGACUCCCUUUAUGGUAAACAGCAAGAAAACCUCUGUCAGAAAAGAUGGACGUCCUUCUUUGUUUGAACCAUGCAGCAAAGGCAUUUCCGUAAAACGGCUGGAUACUAACAAACCCCCAGACAAGGAUCAGAGAGUAGCCAGUUCUUACUCAGGCGACAAUCUCUUUCGUAAAGAAGAUGAUGAUAAUGAAGUCGGACUAUCGGUAGAGGAUAGACACUUCUUAGAAAUAAUGGAUAAAGAAAUGGUGAGAGCAGGAGAUGGAAAUUGGACGGCACCAUUGCCAUUUCGACCACACGCUCCCUUACCAAACAACAAAGAGUUAGCAGAACGCCGCGCUUACAUCUUAGAUAAGAGUCUCCAGAAGAAUAUUACAAAGAGAAAACACUUUGUCGAGUUCAUGAGCAAAGUGCUCGAAUCAGCAGCUGAAGUGGCUCCCGAACUAACUAAGGACAAAGAAGCAUGGUACUUGCCCCUCUUUGGAGUAUACCACCCAAAGAAACCAGAGAAGAUCAGAGGAGUGUUUGACUCAUCAGCUGAGUUCAACGGAAUGUCCCUGAACAAGAUUCUCACCACUGGACCUAACCUUACAAACAACUUACAGGGAAUACUGAUUCGAUUCAGGAAGGAGAAAUGUGCAAUAGUAGCAGACAUAGAACAGAUGUUCUAUUCCUUUCUAGUCAGGGAGGAUCACAGAGAUCAUUUGAGGUUCCUUUGGUAUAGGGACAAUGACGCAGAUGCCCCCCUAAUUGAGUACAGGAUGAAGGCUCAUGCGUUCGGGAAUUCACCCUCACCUGCCGUAGCUACAUACGGUCUUAGAAAAUGUGUUCAACAGACAGAUGUCUAUGGUGAUGAUGUAGCAGAAUUCGUGACCCACAAUUUCUACGUGGAUGACGGUCUCACCUCCUUAACUUCUGCGGAAGAGGCUAUCGAUCUCCUUAAAAGGACACAAACUGCUCUGAAAACUGAAGGUAAUCUACAUCUCCACAAAAUCGCCUCAAAUGACCCUGUAGUCAUGAGUGCCUUUCCCCGGGAAGAUUUGUGUAAGGAGAUGGUGUCACUCAACACGGAAAAGGAUACGCUUCCGGUUCACCAGAGCCUUGGUGUGUCUUGGGAUUUGCAUCUCGAUGCCUUCACCUUCCAGAUACAACUUGAAGAGAAGCCUGACACACGGCGAGGCUGUUUGUCCACUCUUAACAGCAUUUAUGAUCCUAUGGGGUUCGUCGCUCCAAUACUGCUUCCAGGAAAAAUUCUCCUCCGAGAGAUCACGAAAUCAUCAGACUGGGAUGAAACUUUGGAACCUGGAACAGCCGAAAGUUGGCGUAUGUGGAAAAACUCUUUAUCCUCGCUGGAAAAUGUAAUGGUCCCACGAAUGUACUUUAAAGAGUCUUUGAGCCACUUGGACUGGGUACAACUACAUGUAUUUUCAGACGCCUCGGAGUUAGCUGUGUCAGCCGUUGCGUAUCUCAGGUCUUGCUACAAAGGAGAAAUCAGUGUGUCCUUUAUUAUGGGAAAGGCAAAACUGGCUCCCUCCAAAGGCCACACAAUACCUCGCCUGGAGCUUUGCGCAGCUUUGUUGGCUACAGAAGUUGGAGAAUUCAUCAGGAAGAAUUUACAGACCACAUUAGAAGAGAUUCGAUACCAUACAGACAGCAAGGUUGUGUUGGGCUACCUUAACAACAAAACCAGACGCUUCUUCAACUAUGUCAGCAAUCGCGUAGAGCGCAUAUUAUCAGUGACAGAGCCAAAGCAAUGGGUUUAUGUGUCGACAGUUGACAACCCAGCAGAUCAUGGUACAAGGGGCCUGAGAUCUGUUGGAGACCUCCAAGAAAAAUGGCUUAAGGGACCGUCUUUCUUGAUACACCCUGAACUCAGCGCUACACAGGAGUAUUCACUCGUGUCACCUGAAUUGGAUAAGGAGAUCAGAAUUGAAGUGAAGAAAACGACUUGUGCGUUGGAUGAGGAUUUCGCGGACAGAUGCAACAGAUUCAGUCGUUGGCACAAGUUAGUUAGUGUAAUAACUCUCAUAAAGGGACGUGCUAGACGUCGUUUCAAAAGGAAAGGAGGAAACGAACCAGUGAGGCUGAGGGAGGAGUCUGAAGUGGUCCUAAUCAAGAUCAUUCAGAAGCAAGCGUAUGGAGACGAAAUAGCUUCAUUGAGUACAAAGUCACCUGUCUCCAAAGCAAGUCCUCUGUGUCGUUUAUCUCCUGUUUUGGACGAAAAAGGGAUCCUGCGAGUUGGUGGGAGACUUUCUCAGAGCAGCCUACCAGUAGAACAGCGGAACCCAAUCAUUCUACCCGGAAAGUCCCAUCUAACCGUUCUACUUGUACGUCAUAUUCAUGAACUUGUGCACCACCAAGGCAGACUCAUUACCGAGGGCGCUCUUCGCAACCAUGGGUACUGGGUGACGGGCUCUAAGAGAGUUGUAUCUUCUCUUCUACACAAAUGUAUGGUGUGUCGAAAGCUCAGAGGAAACUUUGAAUACCAGAAGAUGGCAGACUUGCCCACGGAUCGCAUUGAGCCAGGGCCUCCAUUCACAUCUGUGGGAGUAGAUACGUUUGGCCCAUGGAUGGUUAUAUCAAGGAAAACUAGAGGGGGUAUGGCACACAACAAGAGGUGGGCUUUGCUUUUUACCUGCCUCACAACCAGAGCAGUUCAUAUAGAAGUAGUAGAAGAUAUGACUAGUUCUUCUGUAAUUAACGCAAUCCGUCGCCUCGUGGCCAUCAGAGGAGAGGUCAGAGAGUUUCGCUCUGACCGAGGUACCAACUUCGUUGGAGCCGCUGACGAGAUGAAGACAAAUGUAGUAAACAUUGAAGAUGAGCCAUUUAAAGACCACCUAGACCGCCAUGGGAUAACUUGGAUCUUCAAUGCACCCCACUCCUCCCACAUGGGUGGAGUGUGGGAACGCAUGAUAGGCAUGGCAAGGAGGAUCUUGGACUCAAUGUUUCUUAGACAGCAACGUGAGAUCACCCACGAAGUCCUCGUUACACUGAUGGCAGAGGUCAGCGCCAUCAUUAACUCGAGACCCAUUACUGCUAUUUCAUAUGACUCAAACGCUCCCAUGAUUCUCAGUCCUUCGUUACUUCUCACUCAGAGGACCACAGGAUGCCCCACUUUAUGUGAAGGUUUGGAUAUCAAGGACAUCUACAAGGCACAGUGGCGCCAUGUCCAAGUUUUAGCAAACACCUUCUGGAAACAGUGGAAGGAACAGUUUCUCCAGAGCCUGCAAUCUCGUCGCAAGUGGACUGAGGAAAGACCAAACAUCAAAAUAGGAGAUGUGAUUUUGCUGAAGGACUCGAGCUUACCCAGAUUUCAGUGGCCGGUUGGAACCGUAGAGAGUGUGUAUCCGUCUCAUAAUGAUAACCAUGUGCGUAAAGUGCAAGUUCGAAUUGUAAGAGAUGGUAAACCAGUAAUCCUCACCCGUCCUAUUACUGAACUGGUGCUGUUAAUAAACUGA